AUGCAAGCGUUUUGGGCAAUGGUCAUCCAAGAAAAAAGCGACUACGUCCUGAUGUUAUGCAAUACUGUAGAAUGCGUAAGCUUUAGUCAACAUCUCGAAAAGAAAAAAUGUGAACAAUAUUGGCCGUAUGAUGUUGGUGAUUCUAUGGUGUUUGGUGAAGAUAACGAGGGAAAAAUUACAGUAACCUCAAUGGAGGUGAAAUUUGUAAAAAAAAACUAUUACGAGUUGACUUUGGUUGUCGCACAGGCUCAUCCAAUGUCUGAGGAGGAUAAUUUUAUACGUGUAAGCACGCUCAAACUAGGCUACAAAGAGAAUGGACACGAUAAAUCAAAAACAGUCUACCAUUACCAGUGGGAAAACUGGCCAGAUAGGGGAGUACCGCCUACGAAACUUACCCCAAUUAAUCUCCUAGCUGAAGUUCGCGAUUCUCCUUAUCCAGUCAUUGUCCACUGUUCGGCAGGUAUAGGUAGAACUGGAACCAUUGUAGCCAUCUCGUAUGUACAGGAAAGAAUGCAAAACGGGGAGGACUGCCAAGCGAUGAGUGAGCUUUUGAAAGAAAUUCGAACGCAGCGGCCGUGUUCCAUUCAGAACGCCUACCAGUAUCUCUAUGUGCAUCGCGUACUGCUUGCUUAUUUUCUCGAAAAAUACAAGGAACGAUUUCAACAUUGUUUGGACAACGGCGGAGAGGAGAAGUAUCAGCAGUGGUGUGCCGAUUACAAGCGGAUAACUGGCUGCGACUAA